AUGUCGUCCAUGACCAAGAUCAGCCUUUUGGCCCUCAUCGGCGCCGCUGCCGCCCACCCUUCCUACGGUGGUCACUACAAGUUCCACUCCCACUCCAAGCCCUACCCCACUGGCGGUUGGUCCGGCAACUACAACAGCACUCAGGUCCCCGCCGGCACUGCUUCUUACAGCCAGGACAAGACUUCCACCAUCGACGUGACCUCCACCUCCACCAAGACCAUCUACUCUACUGUCUACCCAACUCCUACGUCUGCAGUUGUUGAGAACGUCUCCUCCAAGGCUACUGGCCAGUGCGGUCCUGCUACCGUCACCAUCACUUCCACUGAGAAGGCCACCGUCACCGUCACCCCCGGAGCUUCAUCCGCAUACUCUGCCAGUCUUGUCUCCUCCGUCGUUGCCCUUCCCUCCAAGGCUGGCGAGUACGAUGCUUCAAGCUACAUUGUCGUCUCCUCGACUCCCGCUGCUGAGAAGCCCACCACCUCUUCCAAGCCUGCCGAUGUCACCUCCUCUAAGCCUGUCGUAACUUCCAGCUCCAAGGCUCAGUACGAGGCAUACACUCCCUCUGCCUCUCUCCCUGCUGUCACCUCGGUGGCCCAGACGGACUACAGCACCGCAGUCCCUACUUCUUCCGUCGCUGCUUCCUCUGCCGCCGCUUCCUCUUCCGCUGCCCCCAAGCCCUCCGGUACUCCUACCUACAGCGGAACCAAGCGUGGUCUUGCCUACAACGACGGUGAGCUCUGCGCAUCCUUCGGCUCUAACUUCGGUUUCGCCUACAACUGGGCGCAGACCGAGAGCAAGGACGUCGGCGCUCCUUUCAUCCCCAUGAUGCACAAGAUCUCCGACUCCACGGCCGAAGCAUGGCUCGCCAACGUCGACAAGGCUGUCAAGGCUGGCUCCAAGGCGGUCAUGGGUUUCAACGAGCCCGACAUUGUCGCGCAGGCCAACCUCACCCCCGAGGCCGCCUGCAGCGGCUGGAAGGAGUACAUGAACCCCAUCGCCUCCUCGCACCCCGAUGUCACCAUCCUUGGACCCUCGGUUUCAAACAGUGGUAACGAUGGCCAGGGACUCUCGUGGCUCUCUACUUUCCACGAGGUCUGCCCCGACGCUAUUGUGCACGCCACCAACAUCCACUUCUACGACAUCUACGAGAGCGCGACCAUCGACCGCUUCAAGGCCCAGGUCGAGAAGGCCGCCGCCAUGUACGGCAAGCCUGUCUGGAUCACCGAGUUUGGUCUCAACCCCGGCUCGGCUUCCGAGGAGCAGGCUGCUUCCUUCCUCAAGGAGGCCAUGGACUUUUGCGAUUCCUCGCCGCUCAUUCAAGGUUAUGCUUGGUUUAUGGUUGGAACUGGUGAGAACCAGCUUAACUCUGCUAGCGGCCUCAGUGCCGUCGGUCAGGUCUACGCUGGCUCCUCGUAA